AGAGUGAUAAAGGCAAAACAAAAUCUACCAUAGAACCACCCAACUAGAAUUCUACAUUAACACAUCAGUUACCUUAUAUUAAGAUCAGUCAGGGACAUUUUACAUACAUUAAAAGCAACACAAGCUAAGACAAAAGUAGAAGGCACAGCUUCUCAAAUGUGCUUAGGUUUCAUAAUGUGAUUGUAAAGCAUUCUGAAAAAGGAAAAAACAACAAUUAAAAGUAUCAGUAUUGGUGGAGUGACUGGAAACCAGAUGCACUCCGUAUUAGAUGAAGUCAGAAAUAUGAUUCUACUUUUCUUAUUUUUGUCUCUGAUACUUAUCCAGUUCUUAUUAAUGUGGUUUUACAGUCUUGAAUGCGUUUAUCUUCAUGACAACGGUGCCACAUAAAGAGAUUAUUCAGAGCUUGGUCAGGAAACAGGAUUUGCAUGCUAGUCCAAUACCAUGCUAACACCUUAGCCAUUGCGUCCUCUGUACUUAGGAGAAAUUUUUCUCCGCCCAGGAGAAAGUUUUAUCCUUAGAGUAUUAAGGGGAAAAACAUGCAAAAAGAAAAUCAAAGGUUAAACUCUACAGUUAAGAAUCACUCCAAAGAGAUUUGCACUCUCCUAAUAGUAAGCUGGUUAUGCAUAAUCACUGGAAGAAUUCUUUUCUAAAAUACAGUGUCUAAGGACACAACAUACAAAUGAGCAUUAUUCUCCUGAAACUAACCAAAUUUAUUUUGAUGCUACACUUAAAAAAAUGCUGCCCCAAACUCAGCACAUACAAAAUGAUAACAAGUAUCUUCUUGGAAAAUGAGAAGAAUCAACAACAACAACAAAAAUGGAAAGAAAAACCCUUACAAGGGGUUAUAGCCAGUGAAGCUAUAGCACUGCACAGGGAGCCCAGUCACAGUGGCAUGCUCUGCAACACAGAAAGCAGAAGCUCGCUUUUCUCGCUAAUAACUGUGACAUCUUUUGGACUGACAGGGACUCACACCGAUGAACUACUAGGGCAUAUACUGUCAAGAAGGUAGUCUAGAAAAAAAAAUUCACAUUCAAUUAGUACAAGCAUGUAUUUUAUGCUGAAACUAGAGAACGGAGGAGAUUGCAGAUAAAAGUAUGACAUUCCUUAGAAGCCAUGAAGCCAUUUUAGCAAUAGGAUCCCUCUCUAGAAGAGUAGUCACAUGAGAAUUUAUGGAUAUCGCUGUACUAUGGAAUGAAGUUAUGUUUGUAAUCUGGUAGUACAAGAUUAUCCUUUGCUGUUUUUCCUUAGGCCACUAGAAAUAGUCUUGCGUCCAUCUGUGACCUAGAAAUGUUGGGUAAGUUCCAACUCGGGCAAAAAGGAGAGAAUUAAUUUCCCCUUCACCCAAACAAGCUGGAGUAUGCCCCAUACACAAAGAUUCCUAUUAUGUGCAUCUUGUCAAUCAUGCCUGAUUAAGGGGUUAGACUUAAAAAGCAUGGAGGAUCAGCACACACUUAUUUUCCCCGCUCUUUCCUACCCCCAAGAUACCAGAGUUAAUUAUUACUCUUUUCUAAAUAGUUCUUAUUUGCCAUGGUCACUCUUUAUAAUGGACAGCUUUCGAUCAUUAAAGACAUCUUGGCCUCUGGUGCCUAACCAGUGUUUAAAUAGCAGGCUUUCCCAGGCAAAGCGAACACUUGGCAUUUUGAUUCCCGAGGUACUAGUUUAAAGUAAAAAGUUAAAAGGAGAACAAAAAUCAACAAGGAAACAAUGCAAAGAGAAGAACCGAGCAGCAUGAAGUAAGUGUUCAAGCCCUCCAAAAGCUGCACAAGGUGACUACGGAAGGGAUGGAUGGAAAAGGUUUAGCACCGGGCGGGUUUGACAACAGGCUGGGACCCCUGCAAGAGCCUAGCUGGCAGGGCCGGCCCAGGCCAGGCUGCAACAGGCAUUAGAAGUGCCACACCACUCUGUCACUUCAGUCACUCUUCCCAGCACUCCCUUCACCGAUAGCCCAGGCGCUUUGAACCUCGACAGGCCCAGCAAUCCCCCAGCGCAGGAGGCAGUGGCGGGGGCGGCACAGAAGGCCUGUUGUUCAGAGUGCCUGUUUCACGCAGAGAACUGGAGAAUCUUAUGGCAAGAGCCCUGUAUGACAAUGUCCCUGAAUGUGCAGAAGAGUUGGCCUUCCGCAAAGGAGACAUUUUGACGGUGAUAGAACAGAACACUGAAGGUCUUGAAGGAUGGUGGCUCUGCUCCUUGCAUGGCCGGCAAGGCAUUGUUCCAGGCAACCGUGUGAAACUCCUGAUAGGUCCAGUGGUACAGGACAGUCCUUCUGGCCAGGAUAUGUCCAAUUCAGGACUGAUGCAUCAAUCCUUCAACCAGCAAAAGAUCUACCAAGUGCCAAGCUCACAUGCCUCAGCACGUGAUCCUGUCUACCAAGUGCCACCUUCCCAUCCAAAUCAGGGAAUUUACCAAAUACCCACCGGUCAUGGUCUCGUGCGACAAGAUAUUUACCAAGUGCCACCUUCCAUGCAGAGAUGUAUUGAUGGUUCAGCUCUGACUAACAAGGUAAUAACUCCAGUCAGGUCAGGACAAGGUUAUGUUUAUGAAUUCCCUUCCAAAUACCAGAAGGAUACCUACGAUAUCCCCCCUGUUCGCCCUCUCCAAGGGAUAUAUGACAUUCCCCCUGCAUCGGUUAAGGGGCCUGCGCUUCCAGUUCCCAUGGGCGAAGCAAAAGCUUUAGGAGUCUAUGACAUACCACCCGCCAAAGGGGUCUAUGCUACACCUCCAUCUGCAUGCCGAGAUGAUACAGGCCUGAGGGAAAAUUUGCAGGAUUUUUCGUCUCCAGUUGGCCACAGUGUAAGACAAGAAGGAGUAUAUGAUAUUCCUCCUCCCAUCACCAAAGCAACUGGGAAAGAACUUAAUAAAUUUUCUCCUGAGAGCGUUUUAUUGCCAGAUGGAGUGCCACAGAAACAGAAUGUUUAUGACAUCCCUGUGAACCAUCAAAACCAUUUUCUUGGACAGCAAAUUGCACCUCAAAAAGAUGUUUAUGAUACCCCAAGAGGAGUUGCAUUCCCAGGACAACAGACAGGACUCAGCGAAAGUCUCAUCCCAGAAGGAAGAGAAGGUGUAUAUGACGUGCCACCACCAGUCCUCCAAGACACUAAAGGCUUACAGGAUGUGACUGAUGGGAUAAACAGGUUGUCUUUCUCCAGCACAGGAAGCACAAGGAGUAAUAUGUCCACAUCUUCAACAACAUCAAAAGACUCUUCUUUCUCAGCAUCAACUGCACAGGACAAAAGACUAAUCCUUGACCCAGACACUGCUAUAGAGAGGCUUUAUCGCCUCCAGCAGAUGGUGGAGACAGCUGUCAGUAACCUUAUGGCCUUCAUUACAGCAGACUGGCGGUCUUAUGGAUAUAUGGAGAAACACAUCAAUGAAAUUCACACUGCUGUGGAUAAGGUUGAGCAGUCACUGUUGGAGUACCUCCAGUUUGCGAAAGGAUCAGCAGCCAAUGCUUCCUGCCUAUCUGAGUUCAGCCUUCUUAACAAAAUGAGAAGGGAAGUGCAAAGGUUGGAGGACUCUCACCAGAUCCUUACCCAAACCAGUCACGACUUGAACAGCUACAACUGGUCUUUGAACGUUCUAGCUGUCAACAGACUGCAGAACAAGUGUGAUGACCUGGAUCGGUUUGUUAUGGUGGCAAGGACAGUCCCGGAUGAUGCCAAGCAACUGACCACUACCAUCAGCAUCAAUGCAGAGGUGCUCUUCAAACAGGCGUUGAGUAGCUCACGUUUCAAAAACAUACCAGAGAAUAUCGUGAACGCUCCUGACUAUCUAUACGACAAUCCUCACAUGCAGCGUCAUGGAGAAAAAGCACAGAACCACUGCAGUUCCCUUCCUCCGCUCCUGAGUAAGGGUCAGCACCCUCCCAGUACCACCAGUGAGAGCUCAGAAAAGAGCUGGAUGGACGACUACGAUUAUGUUCACCUGCAGGGGAAAGAAGAGUUUGAAAGGCAACAGAGGGAGCUGCUGGAGAAAGAAAAUAUCAUCAAGCAAAGCAAAAUGGAGCUAGAGCACCAUCAGAUCAAUCAGUUCCAACGUCUGGAGCAAGAGAUCACAAAGCCAGUAGAGAAUGACAUCUCAAAAUGGAAACCACCUCAAGGUCUCCAGACUGCAAACAGCACUGCCACCUCCCGUGACAGCCAGCUGCUUUUAUUCUAUUCUGACCAGUGCGAGACUCACUUCAACUCCCUCCUAAACGCCAUUGACGCCUUCUUCAGUUGCGUCAAUGCUUCUCAGCCCCCCCGAAUCUUCGUGGCUCACAGCAAAUUUGUCAUUUUGAGCGCUCACAAACUUGUGUUCAUUGGGGACAUGCUUAUGAGGCAAGUGACAACUCAGGACAUACGUAACAAAGUGAUGAACUCCAGCAACCAGCUGUGUGAACUGCUGAAGAGCGUUGUUCUGGCUACCAAGGUGGCUGCCUUGCAUUACCCCAACACCGCAGCCCUACAGAAGAUGGUGGACCGAGUCACAGAGAUGUCUCGUCACGCACAGUUGUUCAAACUCUCGCUGGUCCAAAUGGCAUCCUCAUGAAACCCAGUGGAAUCCAAUCCAUGAGCAGCAAAGCAGACAAACUGGAGCUAUUUUUAUGUAAAUGUUAUCUUUUUUUUUUUUUUAUGAAAAAUUUUAAAUACAUUCUUACGCGUUAGAGAAUCUAAUGAAAUCAGGGAUUUGGGAAUAUAUCUGGUUCUGUAUUAUGUUUCUAAUACACAUUUAGGUUUGUAUACACUGCAUAUAUGUAUAUGUUGCUACAUUCCUUAAAACAUCAAUUAAGCACCUUAAAAACUACGCGUCGGGUAAGCAGCGCCUAUCUUUUUGUAUAUACUGCCCGUUUCCUCAGUAUAUUUGUUAACUGGAUGCUGCACUCUUCUUUCAUUCCAUCUUGAUUUUGGCACAUGAACUUGGUUGUGAAACCUUCUUGUAGCAAUCCAUGAAGCAAGUGUGAUGGUUCUCAUAGAACUCCAUUCUCUUCUUAGAAAUUACUUUCUAUAGGUUAAUUCCAUGAGAUUUAACUCUCCCCUUGAUGUUGCUUUAUUAUGUACAGCAUUUGACCAUUCUGACUAGCGUAUAUGCACAACUGCAAGCAGCAACACAUCAAGCAAGGCAUACAGCAUUUGGGAGAAAAGCGUUUUUAGGAUAUAUAAGAAGUAGAGCCUUCUGAGGAGGAAGGCAAAAUCGUAUGUAUUUAAUAUCUGAUGGCAUUCAAACUUUGCUAUUUCUAGUAACUGUGCAACGUGGGAUUUCAAAAUGUGGAUGAAUUCCCAGCAAUGUAAAUUCAUACGUGUUUACCUUGUAUGUCUUUGCAUCAGCAAUUAAAUUUAACAGUGAGGCUGGAAAGCCUUAUUGUUCAUGGACUCAGAGUUCUCCUGAGAGCAUCCCAGGAUCCACUGGGCUCGUCUUUGAGGCUGCAGAUGAGCAGUGUCUUAGAAUACCAGUCCCUUCCAGAGGGAUAAACAUGCACAUGGUAAUUCAUAUGGAAAGAAGACAGCUUAAUUUGAAAUAACAGAUAACUUAAACAUCUCUAGGCAUAUACAAAAUUUAAUGAAGAAAUAGCACUUAUUCUUCUAGGACAUUCUUGGGAAUUAAUUGUAUCUGUUGCAGUUCUGACUUCCAUUCAAUUAUUGGGCUUUUUUUCCAAAUUCUGUUGCAUAGGUGCUGGUCCUUCUGCACUACACUGUUGUGAAAAAUGACCUCCUGUUUUAAUGGGGCCAUUCCAUCACUAAGUACACACAAUCCUACCCAGUAAUUUUCAAUUUAGACCCUUAAAAACUGUUAUCAGAGCAGUAGACUGCUUUAGAAAUUUCACAUGUGCUGGCUGCUCCAAAACACAUAAGCUUAUUUGUCGCGGUUGCUUUUUGCAAACUCCCUAAAAAUAAGUCACAGAACACCAUUUGCCUGGGGUCCUCAAACUAAAAUCCACGCCUCAAAGUGAGCGAUGGCUAAGGCAAAUUUUGGGCGAUUCUGGUGUUUUUAAAGCAGAAACACUAGCGUCCUUGUGUAAUUUGAGGUAGUCCCACACUGAUGUGUCCCGAGCGUUUGCAUCAGCAAGCGGAUCACUGGUAAAUACCCAGUUAUGAGAUCAACAGCACCCAGAAAAUAGGCACUCCUGCCUGACCGCUCACCUUCCCAGUUAGUGUCCACGCACAUGCCUCAUUGAAACGGGAUUUGUCGUCUUGGAUAACAAAACCAUUUCAGCAGCACGUGAAAUCUUGCAGCCUUAAUGUAUUGUCCCAGAGUGAAGGUGGCUCAUGGCUGCCAUAAUAUCGCUUCCAGAGUUCCAGAAUGUUCCUGGAAGGGCAGCAGGAGCCAGCACAACCUCAGCUGGCCCAGAAUGGGCUCCAGGGCUUGGCUCUGGCGUAACACCCCGAAAGGGCAGUUACACUAUCGUAACCAACAGCCAGUUGCUGAAAAGCAAUCCAAGCAAACCUCUUUUGUGCUAGUGUUGUUUGGGAUUCUGUCAGAAUCCCUUGUCCAUUUUUUUUCGCUGUGUAUUCUUAGAAAGCAAGAAGGUGUUUCGAAGCUUAGCGGUUACGUUGAUAGUUUGUGCUUUCAAAAGGAGAACCUUUAUUGCAAGCUUGUAUUACAGUUUGUUAUCUUGUAGAGAGUCAUUUUAAAAUUAUUAAAUUACUAGCUUUUUUUAUAUAAAAAAAGGCAGCACUGGGUCUUGUUUUUUCUUGUUUUCAGAGUCCUCUAAGCAUGUUAAAAGGAAAUAUUGUUGCUGCUUGCCAAUACUAUCAAAAACAUUCUAAAAUUAG